AUGGCUUCAGCCGAUGUUCUUGCUCCAGAAGCACCAGCCUUUGGCACCGUGAAGAGGAAACGAUCAGACCUGCACCUCAUGGCACCCAGAGCCCCAAGCGGACCGACCUUUGACGCAGCGAAGCAUCUCAAUUACCAAGCCCCUAACAAGAUAUGGACGAUGAAGGAGAUAGGAUUCUCUGACAUGGGAGUCUCGCCAAAUGCCGUGUCGGAGCCCUUUCCUCUGUUCACCGCGGAAGCAAUUCAGCAGAUGAGGGCGGAGGUUUUGAGCAAGCCGGUGUGGGACAACUGCAAGUACUCUAGCGAGUUGGCACACUGCCAACUGCGAGGGUUUGCUCCCGAAUAUGCACCAUUUGUAUAUGAUGCCUGGCGAAGCCCCGAGGUCCUCUCGAUUGUGUCCAAGAUCGCCGGUGUCGAACUGGUUCCCGCCAUGGACCUUGAGAUUGCCCACAUCAACAUCUCCAGCAACACCAAGGAACAAAGCGAAGCCGUCCAGCAAGCGCUGGAAGAGAAAUCGCAUCGAGAAGCGGACGAAGGUGUUUCGGGGUGUCCGUAUGAAGACGACCAGCCUAUUGUCGACUGGCACACAGACAGCUAUCCUUUUGUCUGUGUCACGAUGCUCAGUGACUGCACCAACAUGGUGGGUGGCGAGACGGCGUUGAGGACGGGGACGGGCGAGAUCAUGAAGGUCCGCGGUCCAGCAAUGGGCAAUGCCAUCGUCCUUCAAGGUCGUUACAUCGAGCACCAAGCCUUACGGGCCCUGGGGACCACGGAACGCAUCUCGAUGGUGACCUCGUUCCGGCCCAAGUCUGCCUUCAUCAAGGACGACACCGUCUUGACCACGGUGCGUCCAAUCUCGGACCUCCGCGAGCUCUACUCGCAGUACGCCGAGUAUCGAUUCGAGAUGCUAGAGGAGCGCGUGCGCGCCCACCUGAAGGAGAUCCGAGACGGCAAGCGAGCCCGCCGCUUCGACACCAAGGCCACCAAGGCAUUCAUCCGGGAACAACGCAGCUUUUUAGACUCGAUGCUUCGCGAGCUCGUCGACGACGAGAUGGUGACGGCGGGCAUGCUGGGCGGCGAGAACCAUUUGUUCAGCGACGACUUGAUUUCAAAGUACCGCAAGAAACCCCGCGUGUAG